AUGAGCGACCUGGCGAAAACCAUCGGCAAGACCAAGCUGGGCAGCAAGCCCCCCAGCAGCAACACCAACAAGAUCGCCGAGAUCCUGGAAGAGGAACCCGGGCAGCAGCAGCCGAUAGAAGACGAUUCGUCGUCGGCGUCAUCCGUCUCAUCCACCGGCACCGUCGUGCCCCCGUCGACGCAGAAGCAGCCCGGCGCCGCUGCCCCGCCCACGGCCGCCUCCGCCGCCAACGUCGACUGGACCCGCUACUUCGCCCAGGAGCUGUUCCUGGAGCACCGCGACGAGGCCACGGGCGAGCACGCGCAGUACCACGUCUACGUGACGCCGCCCGCCACGCCCAAGACGCCGCUGCUCGUGCUGCACCACGGCGCGGGCUCGUCGGCCCUCACGUGGGCGCUCUUCGCGCUCGAGGCGCGGCGGCUGAUGCCCGAGGUCGGCGUGCUGGCCGUCGAGGCGCGCGAGCACGGGUCCGUCGUGGUCGGCGGCGACGGCGGCGUCGACGGCAGCAUGGCGGUCGCGAAGCUGAGCGCCGACCUGGCGCGCAUGAUCGCCCUCACGGCGGCCCGGCUGGGCUGGACGCAGCGCAUGCCGCAGCUGCUGCUGGUCGGCCACAGCCUGGGCGGCGCCGUCGUCGUCGAGGCGGCCAAGAGCGGCGUGCUGCCGGGGGGCCCCGCCGGCGUCAUGGGCUACGCCGUGCUGGACGUGGUCGAGGGCUCGGCCAUGGACGCCCUCAAGCACAUGCACACGUACCUGUCGACCCGCCCGUCCAUCUUCCCCUCGCCCGACGCCGCCAUCGACUGGCACAUCCGCAGCCGCACGCUGCGCAACCCGGACAGCGCGCGCGCCUCGGUGCCCAGCCUGCUGCGCCGCCUCGAGUCGGGCAAGUGGGUGUGGAAGACGGACCUCGCCCAGACCGAGCCCUACUGGACCAACUGGUUCGAGGGCAUGAGCAGCAAGUUCCUCACGGCCAGGGGCGCGAAGCUGCUGCUCCUCGCGGGCACGGAUCGCUUGGACAAGGAGCUCAUGAUAGGGCAGAUGCAAG